UUGAACGUUCCACACCAAAGACGCUUCCAAACAAAAACUCAUAACACCACAAGCCUCACAUCACAAGAAACAAGAAUAAAAACCCCAAAGUGUUGAUUGAUCCUUUUGUGCUUGUGAGAAAAAAAGAAAGGAUUUUGUUAAAGCCAUUGUUUCAUUGUUAAGUGAUUAGGACCUGUCCAUUUACACAAAACAAAACUGAACCACAUCCGCGAAGUGCUACAAGUUACGUUAAAGUUAAAAUAUUUUAUUUUCUUGGUGCUGCUGUGAAUUUUUAGACAAAAUGAUUAUGAAAUCAUUGCAGUGCACCGAUAUUAUUUUGUACUCGGUUUUGUUCAUUACCAUUGCGGCCCAUUCAAAUGCAGAGUUGGAGCAAACAAAAAACCGUAGGGCUGGUGGUGCAUCAGGUCUCUAUGCCUUUCCACGCGUCGGUCGUGGCGAUCCAAGUUUAACAAACGCCGGUUUACACAACCCAGAUGCUGAAGAUGCCGCCGCAGCUGCAGCAGCAGCGUCCGCAUUUGAUGUGCUUUAUCCAGGAUCUUUUGAGGAAUAUGAAGAAUACCCAAAAUCAGAUGUAAAACGCAAAGCAAAUUUAUAUCCAGUGCCAAGAGUGGGACGCAUGGACCCAGAAAUGCGCAAAUUGGCUCUAUUAAUGGCCUUACAAAGAGCCCUCACCAAAAAAGCUGAACCAAGUGCCACAAGCGGUGUAUGGUUUGGUCCUCGUUUGGGUAAACGCAGUGUGGACAAUCAAAAAAUCGAUAACACCAGAGGCCAAAAAGAGGAAUACUAAAUUGGCCUGGACUUUUAAGUUCGGCAAUGUGAUGACGACGACCCUGGCAAAUACCGAAAUGACUAUGUGGAUCACCUAAAUACAUACUUACACACAUAAAUACAUACAUACACCCAAACAUGAUAUAAUAAUAAAGAACUAUAUACUGAAGCGUCUUUGCAAAACAAAAAAUGCAAACUGCAGGCUUCCAGGCAAAAACAUUCAUAUAUACACAAUAUAUAUACAUAUAUGCAAAGAGACAUUUAUAAAUAUACUUAUAUACACACACCAUUAAUGUACUUGUACAAACGAACAAAAAAAAAUAGAAAACAUGAACCUCCAUUGCAAAGAGAUCAAUUUUUGAAUUUUCAAAAUCCUUUCUUAAGUUUGUUAUUCAGAAAGAAUGGUUAGCCUUAUUACCCCCUUAAAUAAAACAUUGACAAAAUUUGUAAAUUUAUUUAUUAUGAACAUAUUGGUAGGACAUAGACUUACAUACUUCAAUUUUAGUUUUAGUCAUAGAGUUGAUGUUUUGUCCUUCAAAAAACAAUCACGUGGGCUGGUGUGGGCUCUCAUUUGAUAUCAUAGUCCCCGUCCUUCCUAUCGCGGCUGGCCUGGUAUCUCAUGAAAGUCCUUACACUUAAAAAUACAACAACAUUUCAUACUACAACAACCAUACUGGGCAGCUUAUGCCUUAAAAUGAGCAUCUACUUGAAACAUCUAUGCUGAAACAUCGACUCUCCUAACAAUUAUCGAUUGUCUAAAAAGGAAAACAGUAACAUAAUGAAAAGGUAUUGUAAAUACGAUUAGACAAUGUAUGAAUUUUUAUAGAUGUACUCACAUAUUUACAUUUACACUAGGUCAAAUGUUAUUGUAUAUUUUGUGACUUAUUGACUAAAUGAAAAAUGCCACACAUUAGUAAAUACUUAAAAACAAAAUAACGAAUAAAUACAUUUUCCCAUAAAUCGCAACUACAUUAAAAAACAAUCGUUUUAAUUC